UUGGGAUACAGAUGUAAAUAUGUUAUCCCAGUCCCCUCCCAUUCAUAUACUUCCCUUCUGGCAACUCUCCAACAGCUUCCCCUUUCUCCCCUUCUCCAGAACCUCCGCGUCGUCCGAUGGGAACAGAAGGUUACACUUACAUGGGGCGCAGUUUGACCGAACUCCGCAUCAACGACGAUUCCUCUUCCUCCGCCUUCAGCGACUGCAACAGUGACAGAUCUGGCGAAUUCGCCACCGCUUCUUCGCAGACGCGGAGGUUUCUGAUCGCCUGCGCCACCGAAAAUUCCGACGACUUGAUUCGCCAACUCGUUUCUGAUCUCCACUCCUCUUCCAUCGACUAUCAGAAACAAGCCGCCAUGGAAAUCCGGUUACUCGCGAAGAACAAGCCGGAGAAUCGCAUCAAAAUCGCGAAAGCCGGCGCAAUCAAACCGCUAAUUUCUCUCAUUUUGUCUCCGGACCUCCAGCUCCAGGAAUACGGCGUCACCGCGAUUUUGAACCUCUCGCUCUGCGACGAGAACAAGGAGGUGAUAGCCUCCUCCGGCGCGAUCAAGCCGCUGGUCCGCGCGCUGGGCGCGGGAACCCCGACGGCGAAGGAGAACGCGGCGUGCGCGCUGCUAAGACUCUCGCAGGUGGAGGAGAGCAAGGCGGCGAUCGGGCGGUCCGGCGCGAUUCCACUUCUGGUGAGCCUCCUGGAGAGUGGCGGGUUCCGCGCGAAGAAGGACGCAUCGACGGCGCUGUACUCGCUGUGCAUGGUGAAGGAGAACAAGAUCAGGGCGGUGAAGGCGGGGAUCAUGAAGGUGCUGGUGGAGCUGAUGGCGGACUUCGAGUCGAACAUGGUGGACAAGUCGGCGUACGUGGUGAGCGUGCUGGUGGCGGUAGCGGAGGCGAGGGCGGCGCUGGUGGAGGAAGGAGGCGUGCCGGUGCUGGUGGAGAUCGUCGAGGUUGGGACGCAGCGGCAGAAGGAAAUCGUGGUGGUUAUUCUCUUACAGGUUUGCGAGGACAGCGUGGCGUAUCGCACCAUGGUCGCUCGCGAAGGUGCGAUUCCUCCUUUGGUCUCUUUGUCUCAGUCCGGCACCAAUCGUGCCAAGCAAAAGGUAUUAUUCUCUUCAACGCCAUUUCCAUUACUCUUCUCCGCUCGUGACGUGGCACCCUUCCCUUCAAACCGGUUUGAUCCCUUUUUUUAUUUAUAAGGCGGAGAAACUAAUUGAGCUUCUGCGGCAACCAAGAUCCGGCUACGGCGCUGUUCGUACAUCAGAAGUGGUGGCGUAAACGCCAGCAAUAAUAAAAUAAAUUUAUUCAGCUUGGUGGUGCCCCACCUCACCGUGCGUGAGUGUGUACAAACACCACGUUUAAAAAUUGUGAAUUUGGUUAAAACACAACGUGCGUCCUCCAAGAGAGACGGAGAGUUAAAACUUUGUAAAUAUCUUCUUAACGGAGAAGAAGCUUUGUAAAGUUUGUGGUACAAAAUGAUACGAGUUUCAGCUUGGUUUGCUUUCUGGGCUUUGCAAAAAAACCCCCCAAUUUCUUUUCUUUUAUUUUCAUUUUAUUGCUGUGAAUGUUGUGAGGGCUGAUGGUAUCGCUUUUGGGCCCUUCUACUAUUUUAUGUAAUUAUUGCCGUUAUAAAGAAAACAUAGCUUUGAAAA